UGGACCAACGAGGUGCGUUGGCUGAGUCACGAGCCUCUUUUAUUUACAGACUCCAACCAGGUCAGGGCUUAAUACCAUCUUCAAAUUUACUUAGAAACCAGGGUUACUCGGGAAUAGAUGGAGCCACGGUUAAACAAUUUUGGACAUUGAUUGCUUGGGGGCAAUAAGAUGCCUGGGACUGGAGACAUCGUAAUUACUGGUAUUUACCAGUGCUCGUGCAGCUCACUGGUUUGGAGGGUGGCUUGCAUACUUUCAAUCACACACACCUGAUCAGAAACGAUAAUCCCGGUGAAGCUGCAAGCGGUUUCGCUGUGCUGUCGCUUUGCCUCACUCACAUUGAAACAUCAAUCAACACGUUGCCGAGCAGCCCCAAGUCCAGUUCCGCUCUUGCUUUGCUUCCGACAAAGUUGCUCAUUACUUUGACACCCAACAGUAUUUCCAGCAAUUGCUAGCUUGAUCGCACAAACAAACCAAAAAACAGAACAAUUCACCAUGAGCAGCACUAUCACUCAGAGACCUACCCGUCGCCAAGCAUUGGAGCUGCACGACACAGAGGACCACCUGUCUUCAGCAUCCUCCUCAUCGAUUGACUUGGAGAUGAACUUGUCAUUUGAAGACUUUCAGGAACAAGUAGUAGAAGACUACGAUGACAACAAGAAGUACCGCAAGCAUCAAAAACGAGCGACGUUGAGCUGUGCCGUCACAUUCUUGGGUCUCUGUGCCCUCUUGGUGUUUGCCGUCAACAAGACACUGAUUGAAGCCGACGCUAGUGUUUCAAGACGAACACCGACACUACCGGUGCAACGGUAUAAAGCACCACUUGUGCAACAAAACUCGGUUCCAUACAGGAGAAUCUAG